UAGCUAGCAACCGCUUACGUUGAAUUGCGGGCUCCGAGGCGAUUUGUCGUGUUUGCGUUUACAUUUUAUAUGCGACGUUUUGUGUAUUUGUUUGACAAACACUGAUUUGAACACAAGCAGAGGCUAACUGGACGACAAUAAGCGUCGGGAUGAUUAAAUAAAACGAAACCAUGGCGGACUCAAUGGCACAGCAGUGUGUACCAGUGGCGGUGUUCAAGCUCGUCCUGGUGGGAGAUGGAGGCACCGGAAAAACGACUUUCGUCAAGAGGCACAUUACAGGAGAGUUCGAGAAGAAAUAUGUUGCCACCCUGGGAGUAGAGGUUCACCCACUGAUUUUCCACACCAACAGAGGAGCCAUCAGAUACAAUGUGUGGGACACAGCUGGCCAGGAGAAAUUUGGAGGCCUGAGAGAUGGCUACUACAUUCAAGCUCAGUGUGCUAUCAUCAUGUUUGACGUCACCUCUCGAGUCACCUAUAAGAACGUACCCAACUGGCAUCGUGACUUGGUCCGUGUCUGUGAGAACAUUCCCAUCGUCCUCUGCGGCAACAAGGUGGACAUCAAAGACCGAAAAGUCAAAGCCAAGAGCAUCGUGUUCCAUCGCAAGAAGAACCUGCAGUACUAUGACAUUUCUGCCAAAAGUAACUACAACUUCGAGAAGCCCUUCCUGUGGCUAGCAAGGAAAUUGAUUGGCGAUCCCAACCUGGAGUUUGUGGCCAUGCCCGCCCUCGCUCCCCCAGAGGUCCAAAUGGACCCAACUCUUGCUGCGAAGUAUGAGGAAGAGCUUCAUGUUGCAUCACAAACAGCACUCCCAGAUGAAGAAGAUGACCUCUAACAUGUUUGUUCCCCGAAGUCCCACCCCGCCCUCACCCCGACCUUGGACAGGAAGUUGAUGGAAUUUUGCCCCCUUUACUGUAAAAUCCCUUAAGAUUUUUUAUUUUUUAAUUUUUUUGUUUGUUUGGAAACUAAAAGAAACUUUGUGGAAAAGUUGUGGUUCUAACGUCACUGGUUAAGACACACCCACCCUAGUGUUGUCGUUGGCAUGGCAACAUGCUACUCUUCAUCGUUGAGCAACCUCCACUGCACUUACCCAGCUCACAUAAUGCUGUUGUAUGGUGUAUUGGAACACUAAGGGGAGUAAACUUUGAAUAAAAACAUUCUCAAUAUAA